GUUAGCGCGGAGUAGCAAAAUGAAACUGCGUCGCUUCCGUCCGUAUGAUUGCCAUUCCCUGUAUAAUUUUGAUAUCACUGCAAGUGGUGUACACCAUCUACCCGUCUAAGUACCGUAGCGGUCUGGAGGUCUACUGUGAUAUGGACCCUGACUACGGAGGCUGGAUUGUGUUUCAGAGGCGGUUAGAUGGCUCGGUGAAUUUCACUCGUAGCUGGACGAAGUACCGAGACGGAUUCGGCAAUUGGACAGGCGAGUUCUGGCUGGGAAACCAGAAACUUCGUCAGCUAACAUCAAAGAACAGGUGGAAGUUACGGAUAGAUCUGGAGGAUGACCAGGCAGAGCAUCAAACCUACCAGGCCAAGGGAUUCAGCAUCAGCGGCGACAAAUACACUUGGACUCACGGUGGAUCAUAUAAGGCUGGUCCCCUCCCUCCACAUCUCAGUGGUCGAAGCUUCUCUACAUACGACAUGGACAAUGAUGAGGAUACCAAUGCUAAUUGUGCAGCUGAGCUGAAGGGAG